AUGGACACCAGCUCCUACAGUCCUUCCAACUCUGCACAGACAUCUUUCACAUCUUUCGUGGGAUGUGCUAACCACAUCAUCUGCCAAACUGAUGCCCAAUGUGGCCCAACAGAAAAAUGUGUAGCAAAGGGAGCCGUUCCCCAAGGUUCUUGGCCAGCACAUUGCAGUGGAGCCGACCAUCUCUGUCUUCCCAAGCAAACCGAAGCCCCAACUGCUUCUCCUACCAAGCCCCCCGCAAUCGUUAUCACUCCUCUCCAUGGACCCAGUCCUACAGUCCUUCCAACUCUGCCACAAACAUCUUUCACAUCUUUCGUGGGAUGUGCUAACCACAUCAUCUGCCAAACUGAUGCCCAAUGUGGCCCAACAGAAAAAUGUGUAGCACAGGGAGCCGUUCCCCAAGGUUCUUGGCCAGCACAUUGCAGUGGAGCCGACCAUCUCUGUCUUCCCAAGCAAACUGAAGCCCCAACUGCUUCUCCUACCAAGCCCCCCGCAAUCGUUAUCACUCCUCUGCCAUGGAAACCAGCUCCUACAGUCCUUCCAACUCUGCCACAGACAUCUUUCACAUCUUUCGUGGGAUGUGCUAACCACAUCAUCUGCCAAACUGAUGCCCAAUGUGGCCCAACAGAAAAAUGUGUAGCAAAGGGAGCCGUUCCCCAAGGUUCUUGGCCAGCACAUUGCAGUGGAGCCAACCAUCUCUGUCUUCCCAAGCAAACCGAAGCCCCAACUGCUUCUCCUACCAAGCCCCCGCAAUCGUUAUCACUCCUCUCCAGGACACCAGCUCCUACAGUCCUUCCAACUUGCCACAGACAUCUUUCACAUCUUUCGUGGGAUGUGCUAACCACAUCAUCUGCCAAACUGAUGCCCAAUGUGGCCCAACAGAAAAAUGUGUAG